UUUUCCUUAGAGACAGGUUGCAAGACUUGAGUUUGCUAUCAGUUUUUGAACAAAUUACAUCUUUUGAUUCAAUAAUGGCAGAAGAAGGAGGGGAAAAAAAGGUGGUUGAGGUUGUGAAGCAUACCUAUCCGUUAAUCAGACACUCGGAUAUGCAAGAUGAGAUGAGAGUGGAGGCAAUGGAGCUGUGUGUCACAGCAUGUGAAAAAUUUUCCACAAAUAAUGAGACUGCAGCCAAAAUGAUAAAAGAAACUAUGGAUAAAAAGUUUGGGCCCUCUUGGCAUGUGGUAGUUGGAGAAGGAUAUGGCUUUGAAAUUACACACGAAGUGAAGAACUUGAUAUACAUGUUCUUUGGUGGAAAUGUGGCAAUUACUUUAUGGAAGUGCUCAUAGUGUGAAUUUUUUAUUCAACUUGACAAUCUUAUGAGGUUCACCUUGCUGUAUGGUGAGAAGUUGGGAAGUAAAGUAAUAUCUUCCCCAAGCCACAAUAAACUGAAUACACACUUUACAGCAUAAACUUUUUUGUGUCAAAGAGGCCUGAAUUCCUUUGAUAAAACUUC